ACUUCGUUGAUGACUCGUUGUGUUUCAAGCGUGUAGCCUGCCCGCGUGGCCCUAUAUAAGGAGGCGGUAUCUCCGUGUUCGUGCUAUAGUUUGUGAGAGAAAGCGUCGGUGCAGGGUCGUCUGGAUUUGUCUCUGCUGUGCAAGAACGAGACAAAGACAGGGAGCGAGAGAGAGCGCGAGAGAAAAAGAGAGAGAGAGGGCGCACGCGAAAGACGCACAGACAGCAAGCGAGAGAGGGCGCGCGCGAGAAAGAUACAAAGAGAGAGAGAGAAAGAGAAAUUGAGAAGGCGGACGCGGAAGGCAACGAGCUAACCCCCAACGAUGGCUGCACCGUUUGUGGACGUGUCAGUAUAUUUGUUAUUGUCCGUUCUUGUAAUACGGGCGACAGGAGUAGCAGCGACUGGAGAGGAAGAGAGAGCGAUCGACACGCUAUUCGGGCAAGGCCUGGGCGCCGAGAAACGCCUCGAAGACGCCUCACGACGACACACGGACAAGCGCGGCUGGAAUGAUGGCGCAACGUUCACCUAUGACGACAUCGUCCGAGAACUCCUGCGGCGCUCGGAGCGACUGUUUCUACCGAAAACGGAACAUUCGCGAUCAUGGCCAAGGGCUGUACGACGUCAAAGCUACUUUGAUAAUCUCGGUGGCAGUAAUCUAAUGGGAAAGCGCACCUUUGACAGCCUUGGUGGAAGCAAUUUGAUGAGAAAACGCACCUUUGAUAACCUUGGUGGGAGCAAUCUAAUUGGAAAACGCACCUUUGACAGCCUUGGUGGAAGCAAUUUGAUGAGAAAACGCACCUUUGAUAACCUUGGUGGGAGCAAUCUAAUUGGAAAACGCACCUUUGACAGCCUUGGUGGAAGCAAUUUGAUGAGAAAACGCACCUUUGAUAACCUUGGUGGGAGCAAUCUAAUUGGAAAACGCCCCUUUGACAGCCUUGGUGGAAGCAAUUUGAUGAGAAAACGCACCUUUGAUAACCUUGGUGGGAGCAAUCUAAUUGGGAAACGCACCUUUGACAGCCUUGGUGGAAGUAACAUCCUUGGAAAACGCACGUUUGACAGUCUUGGUGGUAGCAACAUAAUUGGAAAACGCACGUUUGACAGCCUUGGUGGUAGUAAUCUGUUAGAUGAAGACUUGAAAAAGAAAGCACAGGCCGAUGCAAAAUCACUGACGGCCUUCACCCGACACAAACACAGCUGUAGCUGCCAGGAUACCUGCCCGCACCGAACCAGCCUGUUUCAUGGCCUCCGCCAGAGCAGCCUGAGGACUGGCAGAACCAUACUCGACAUAGGGCCCCCGAAGAAGCAAGGUUUCCCAGACCAGCGUGAGAUCCAAAGAUAUCCCUCUUGGGAUAAUCAUAUGGGUUGCGAACAACAACGCGUAUCUCCAGCUGUACUUGUUAUGAGACACGAGUGGAGCGGAAAUAAAGGGUCAGCACCGCUCGUGCCAGAAGAAAAGGCAUUAAUUACCAAGAAAGAGUUUCCAGAUAUGAGACAUCAACACCUACAGCCGCACGGAGGCAGGACAGAGAUAGAGUGA